AUGGGUUUGACCUCAAAGUUAGACAAGCUUAAGCUUAUUAGCUCCGGAGGUGGCGAUGAACCAGUAGGGAAGUCGAGCCAAAGCGGGCCCGAGAACACAGAUGAUAUUGAUGAAGUAGAUAAUGAAGGGCAAUCAAUCCUCAUGGGUAUUAUUGCCCAAUUGAGACCAGGAAUGGACUUGUCUAAGAUCACCUUGCCAACAUUCAUAUUGGAGAAGAAAUCAAUGCUAGAAAGAAUUACCAAUUUCUUUCAAAUUCCACAAAUUUUGCUAGAGGCAAAUGCAACAACAGACGACCUAGAAAGAUUCGUCUUGAUAGUUAAGUGGUACUUGGCAAGUUGGCACAUUGCCCCUAAAGCCGUCAAGAAGCCAUUGAAUCCAGUUCUAGGCGAAACUUUUGCUUGCUACUGGGACGAUUUGCCGGGAAACGAAUCUGCAUUCUAUCUCUCUGAACAGACUUCACACCAUCCACCAAAGUCUUCAUAUUUCUAUCUAGUUCCCGAGCAGAAAAUCAGAGUAGACGGUGUAGUAAUUCCGAAAUCGAGAUUUUUGGGCAAUUCUUCUGCCGCAAUCAUGGAAGGAUGGGGACACGUAACUCUCGGUAAUCAUGACGAUGAACUUUACAUUAUGAACCAACCAAAUGUUUACGUCAGAGGAAUCUUGUUUGGUAAAAUGAAAACGGAAUUAGGAGACCAUAUGUACAUCAAGUGUCCCAAAACUGGAUAUGAGGCAGAUAUUGAAUUCAAAACGAAGGGCUUCAUAAGUGGAACAUAUGAUGCAAUCGAAGGUGUGAUCAAAAACACCAAGAAGUCCGAAACGUUGUUUGAGAUAUCCGGAAAGUGGAAUGAAGUAAUGGAAAUUAAGAACAUAAAGACUAAUAAGAAGGAGGUAUUUUACGACACUAAGAAAACUGUUACACAUAGACCAAAAGUUAGACCUUUAGAGGAACAAUGGGAUUACGAAUCCAGGAAACUUUGGAAACCAACAAUUGAUGCACUUAGUAGAAGAGACCAUGAGACUGCAACCGAAGAGAAGUACAAAGUCGAGAAUGAGCAGAGAACGCUUGCAAAGAAGAGAAUUGAAGAUGGUGUUGAAUUCCAUCCAAAGUUCUUCAGACCAGUGAAGGACCUGGAAACUGACCAGCUAGAUCUAGAGUAUCUCAUUUACAAAAAAUUUGAUUUGAAGGACGACUCAGAGACGUUGAAGAAACACUUAUUCGAGAUUUCCCCUUUCUUGCCUGGACAAGUUGCUGAUGAGAAGUACCACAUUCCAGCUUUCAAGAAACACAAGGAAUAGGCAAAUGCAGUGCAGAGGAAUGCCCCGAGAUUUUAUAGCUUUUCUUUUCUAGACACAAUUUGAAUAAUACAAUAGAUAUCAAUGUUUGUUU